GCCGUCAGGGUUUGUCGCCGAGGAGAGCAACGAGCACGCUUUAGAAACACAUUUCGGGGCGUCCCUCCGCCGCCUCUCUCUCGCCGCCUCCCCCCGCCGAGGUGGAACCUUCCAAUCGUGACGUCCGUUCAUUCAGAAGUCCCACCGCAAGAGGAUAAAAGGCGGAGGUACCGCUCUCUUUACUCCAGAAGCAGAACUAGGCAGUGAGGGGAGCAGACACAGCAGACGACAACGACGACGGGCUUUGCCACUCCGAGAGGCGCUUCUUUCGGGAGAAUUACACCGCCCCGAAAGGACACGGAAGGGUUUGUGUCAAUCCCCGAGAUGAUGUACCAGGGCUUCGCCGCCGACUACGACGCCGCUUCCUCCCGCUGCAGCAGCGCUUCUCCGGCGGGGGACAGCCUCACCUACUACCCGUCUCCGGCAGACUCUUUCUCCAGCAUGGGAUCGCCUGUCAACGGGCAGGACUUCUGCGCCGACCUUUCGGGUUCCAGCGCGGGCUUCGUGCCCACGGUGACGGCCAUCUCCACCAGCCCGGACUUGCAAUGGAUGGUCCAGCCUACGCUCAUCUCCUCGGUGGCUCCUUCCCAGAACCGCAGCCACCCUUACGGCCUGCCCGCCCCGCAGACGGGAGCCUUUGCCAGGGCAGGGCUGGUCAAAGCAGCCAGCAGAGGGACCAGCAUUGGGCGCAGAGGCAAAGUCGAGCAGCUGACGCCAGAAGAGGAAGAGAAGCGGCGAAUUCGCCGUGAGAGGAACAAGAUGGCAGCUGCUAAGUGCCGCAACCGAAGACGUGAGCUGACUGACACCUUGCAAUCGGAGACCGACCUCUUGGAGGAGGAGAAGGCCUCCCUCCAGACCGAGAUCGCCAACCUGCUGAAGGAGAAGGAGAAGCUGGAGUUCAUCCUGGCUGCCCACCGCCCGGCCUGCAAGGUGCCCGAAGAGCUCCGCUUCCCGGAGGAGAUGGCUGUGGCCUCCGUAUCCGCGCUGGAGCUGCUGGCUGGGGGCCACUCGGUGGCCUCUUCGCCCCAGGAAAUGGGGGAGGACGAGGAGGAAGAGGAUGAGGAAGAGGCGUUCGCGUUGCCGCUUCUUCCGGAGGCCCCCCGAGCCGAGCCUGCCAAGGAGAGCGGCAACAGCAACAGCAGCAACAACUUGCUGGAGCUCAAGUCGGAGCCUUUCGACGACUUCUUCGCGCGCUCCUCCUCCUCGCGCUCGGUGCCGGACGUGGACCUGUCUGGCUCGUCUUCCUCCUUCUACGCGGCGGACUGGGAGCCGAUGGGGCCCGGGGCCCACCCGGCAGGGGUUGCGGCGGUGUCAGCGGCGUCGGAGAUGAUGCUGGAGCCGCUCUGCACGCCGGUGGUGGCCUGCACGCCGUGCGCCUCCUCUUACUCCUCCUCCUUCAUCUUCACCUACCCGGAGGCCGAGCCCUUGCCCUUCCCCACCUGCGCCGCCGCCCACCGCAAGGGCAGCAGCAGCAACGAGCCCAACUCGUCCUCCGACUCGCUCAGCUCGCCCACCCUGCUGGCCUUGUGAGCGCGCCAGAGAGAGAGAAAGAGAGAAAUAAGAGGGAGAUUGACCGUCCCCGGCGCUUCUCCUCUUCCUCCUCUUGACGAAGCCUCCUUCCCACUCCCACCCGCGGCCCGGGAAGCCAAGGAGAAAGAGAGUGGGGGGCAAAGGGCCCCUUUUGGAGAGUGCGCCUUUGGGGCCCGCCCGGAGUGGGACUCGUGGCGACUUCUUCCGGAGAUGUAGCAAAAACCGCAUGGAAUAUACUGAUUAUUAUGACACGUCUCGUCCUUCCUCAACCUCUCCAUCCUCCAUAAGAACUCUUGUUGGUUUUUUUUUUUUUUUUUUGGUAGCAUGUUCAGCACGGAGCGAAAAGUAGGACCUGGUCUGUCUCAUUGAAAAGCCAACGCGGGUUCGUUUCUUUAGGCCAGGCGUCCUCAAACUGCGGCCUUCCAGCUCUUUGGACCUUCAACAAUUGAACAAGCUCGUUAGGGCUUCUGGGAGUUGGAGGGCCGCAGUUUGAGGAUGCCUGCUUUAAGCUGUUGUGCUUUGGCUCCAUCGCGAGGCAAUAGGACCGCCCUUGGGCCCAUCCAUACUGACCCUUGAAUGCAGUUGACUUCCCCCUUGGUGCCCUGUGGUUUGUCUCCUUGCCCCCUGAGCCUCAUUCCUAUGUCAUCCUAGAACUGGAAGAGACCUCAAGGGUCAUCCGGUCUGACCCCCUGCUAGGCUGGAAUCUCCACUCAAAGCACUCCUGGCAGAUGGCCACUCAACUUCUGGUUGUUGUAGGUUUUUCAGGCUAUAUGCUCAUAUUCUAGAACAUGGCCAUAUAGCCUGAAAAAACUACAACAGCCCUUUGAUUCCGGCCAUGAAAGCCUUCAACGACACACCCAGCUUCUCAUAGAAUCAUAGAGUUGGAAGAGACCUCAUGGGCCAUCCAGUCCAACCCCCUGCCAAGAAACUGGAAAAUUGCAUUCAAAGCACCCCCGACAGAUGGCCAUCCAGCCUCUGUUUAAAAGUCUCCAAAAAAGGAGCCUCCACCACACUCUGGGGCAGAGAGUUCCACUGCUGAACAGCUCUCACAGUCAGGAAGUUCUUCCUCAUGUUCAGAUAGAAUCCUCCAGAGAAGGAGGCUCCACCAGACUCCCAGGUAGCAUAUCCUGUUGUCAAACAGCUCAUCAGAAACCUCUUCAUAAUGUUUAGACCAGACACGGGCAAACUUGAAGGCCUGCUGGUGUUUUGGACUUCAACUCCCACCAUUUCUAACAGCCUCAAGCCUUUUCGUCUCCUUUUCUGCUGAGGGGGGAAAGGAAAGGGCCAGAGGCUGUUAGGAACUUGUUUUUCUCCAGUUUGGAUCCAUUGCUCUGUAUCCUAAUCUCUAGGAUAGCAGAAUACAAGCCUGCCCCCUCCUCAAUGUGACCACCUUUCAAAUAUUUAAGCAUGGCUAUCAUGUCCCCUUCUCUCAGGCUUCCUUUCUCCAAGCGAAACAGGCCCAGCACCUACAGCCAGUCCUCAUAAGGCUUGGCUUCCAGACCAUUUAUAGUUUUGGUGGCAAGUCUCUGCACAGCAAAACCACUUUCUUCAACACCAUUUGGAAACUGCAUUCAGUGGUCAAUGUCAGUAAGGGUCAUGUGACUCCCUCCCCUCCCCUCUUCACUAGCAUUAAUUAACUAAUUGAUUAAUCUGUUGGUUUAAUGAUUGGAAUUUUUUUAAUAUGGUGCUGGGUAUCCUUCACAACUUGUUAUCUAGUGCAGCUGAUUUAACAAUAACUACUGUGUUCCUGGCAAUAUCGUGAUUUUGAUGACUUAGCAAUUACCCGACUUUAACUGCGGGGGAAUAAAACAUAAAAGAGAGACUAUUUUUAUUUUCUAGUAGAUCAAUCAAUAGCUAUGUUGUCCAUGUACAAUAGUUCUCCUUGUAUAUCAAUGUUCAUUGUAACUUUAACUGAUCAUACAUUGUUGAAGUGGUCCGAAUGGUUUUGACAUAAGUUUUCCAUGAAAACGUUUAUUGUGCUUUUAAUUUAUUUAUGGAUAUUUAUUUAUUUUUGUUUGUUUUUUUCUACCUUGAGGUAUUGACAUGUGGAUAGUGAAUUUGGAUAAAAUUUAAGCAUUGUUCGCUUACUGUUCAAGACACUGUCAAUAAAAGCAUUUUAAGUUGAAUGCUACAAA